AGGCGGUCUCAGCGGGUCUCGGCGAUGGCGGCAGUGCAAGUGGGAUCUUCCAGCAGCGGCGGAUUUGCGAGCAGCUCGUGCCGGGCGCAGCAAUCCAGCGUCGGUGCCAAGCGCAGCAUCCACUUCACGGCUUCCACAAGUUUCUUUGGGAAGAGGGACUCGCUGAGGAUAAAAAAUGGGUUUUCCAGGCCGGGAAGAGGUCCGUGUCACAUUGUCAAAGCUCAGAGUGGAAGAAGUAGUGCCACUUCCAUGGUCGGUCCUUGGGAGCCCGAGUCGCCCAUCGGCCAGUUCCUAGUCUCGCUGCUCCAGAGCCAUCCUCAUCUCUUCCUAGAAGCAGCCGAGCAGCACAUCCAGCAGCUUGCCGCUGAUAAGAACGCCGCGGCUGAGAAGUCGACCAAUUCUUCCGACUCAGAGCUCGUCCUCUACAAGAGAAUCGCGGAAGUUAAAGAACAGGAGCGCCAGAAAGCGGUCGUGGAAGUGAUCUAUUCUCUAGUCGUCCAAAAGUUCCUUGACUCGAGGCUGGCUCUGGUUCCCAAGAUUCCGAGCCUCCCCGCGAACCAAAAGGUGGACAGCAACUGGCAAUCCGUGCUGGGCGACAUGGAAUCGAUCCACUCGGCCGAGGUUCUUGAGGUCGUGAGAGACCACCUCGGGAUGAUCCUCGGCCGCCCCUCGCCGCACUACCAAGAGCCAUACACUCUGGUCCAAGCCAGCAAGAUGAAGAUCGGCCAUCUCUAUGCGGCGACGGUGGUGUUUGGCUACUUCCUCCGGCGUCUCGACCAGAGAUAUCAGCUCGACCUGAGCAUGAAGAAAGCUCUGAGCAGCGACAAACACGAGGACGAAGAACAAGGAGUGGAGUCAGGGCCGGGAGUGUCCGAGGAGCUCGACUUUAAGACUGACGCAGAGGGAGAGAAGCUGGCGGCCGAGGCAAACGCGGCAGUGCAAGCGAUGCAAGCGGCAAAAUCGUCGACCACUCGAGGCGGGCUUGGAGGAUCCGGAGUUUUCCCGCAGCUGGGAUGGAAGCCGAGCAAGCUCAAGAGCUAUGUCAUGUCGCUGGACCCGGAGAGCUUGCAGAGGUUUGCGACGCUGCGUUGCAAGGAGAGCUUGGACGUUGUGGAGAGGCAGACACAGGCGCUGUUUGGCAAGCCCGAGGCGGAGAUCGCCCCGGAUGGAUCCGUGGUUUUGCUCGCCGGUGACUCGUUUACCAUCAGCUUGUCCGGGCUGAGGAGAUUGGUGACGGAAGCGGUGGUGUUUGGGAGCUUCUUGUGGGACGCCGAGGCUCACGUUGAUUCUCACUACAACUUGGUUGGCUAAGAUGUCUGUGACACUCCCUUGAACUUGGAGUUUGUAGUAAUCUGUAUUGGAGCUUGCGAGCACCAGCUUCUUUUUCAAACUGUGUUGAUUGAAUGCAAAACAAGUUACAUCUUUGGAAUGCC